UGUUUACAUUACAAAGCAUCUGCUGUGCUUCACGGAGUAGGCGGCGGCCUAGGCCAAGCUCGCUAGUAUUUUUACAUGUCAUCAUAGAAGACCUGAGUCACCCUUAGACUUAAAUUGUCAAAACUGCCACUCAUAGAUCUGUCUUUGAAGAACAAGAAGCCCACUGCAAUGGCACACCAAGAAUAUAGUCACUUUCCAAAUGGAGAUGUUAUUUUCCUAGAUCGUGGAGAUGGUUCAUCAGCUCUGGUGCAUUUGUUUGGUGCUACCUUGCUGUCUUGGAAAUGCAAAGGCCAAGAGAAUCUUUUCGUAAGCUCUACUUCUAAGUUUGACAAGAAGAAAGCCAUUCGUGGAGGAGUACCGGUUGUAUUUCCAAAUUUUGGACCUUGGCCUCUGGGACCUCAGCAUGGAUUUGCAAGGAUCAAACCAUGGACAGUGUCUAUUCCUCCCACUAAGGGACAAGACGGAAACGUCCUCACUGUUCUGUCUCUGGAGGAUGAUGAAGAAACAAGAAACAUGUGGGACUACAAGUUCAAACUGGUUUACACCUUGGAGCUGAAGGAGGACUCUCUUGUUUCAUCAUUUUCAGUCCACAACACUGACAGUAAGAGUUUAGGUUUUACCUGCCUGAUGCAUACCUACUUUAGGGUAGCAGAUAUCACCAGUACGGCUGUCUCAGGACUCAAAGGACUUGCAUUUACUGAUAAGCUGAAAGAUGGAAAACAGGAAAGGGAGACUCGUGAUGAAGUCACAAUUGAUAGAAAUUAUGACAGGGUGUACAAAAAUGCACCAAAGACUAUACAGAUUGUGAGUGGAGGUAACCCCAGCAGGAAAAUUGAACUUAUUACGUUCAACCUUCCAGACAUUGUUGUGUGGAACCCAUGGGAAGAAAAGGCGAAAGAGAUGGGUGACUUUGAUGACUUGGGAUACAAAGAGAUGAUCUGUGUGGAGGCCGGCAAAGUGGAUGAGCCUGUGACUCUGCCUGCUGGACAGCACUAUGAGUGCAGUCAGACUUUCAAGUCUUUGUUGUAAUGUGAUUUAUACGGACAUGUUAGUUAUUUAACUUUACAGGGCUAUUUGCUUGUGCAAUGACCAUGUACGUAGGCUCCUCUUAAUUUUGUUUUUCCUACGUGUAUAAUUCAGGCAACAUUGCCUUUAUUAGGGAUAUAUGCAAUUAUAGGCAAUAGGAAAUCUACAAUCUCAUGAUUUUUUUUGUAGGGAAUUGUGAACUGCAAUAAGCUGUUCUAGUCUUGUGCUUCAUUUAUUCAUGGAGUCAUUAAAGAGAAGCCUCUUGGAAAGUGGGCAUUCUGAUAAGGUUUACUCAGUGCUGGACUGUGUUAAUGUUUCGUCUUCAUUCAUACAUUCUUAGAAGGAUUAAUUCCUUACUUUUAAAUUGUAACUGCUGUUGUCAUUUAUUUUUCGUGCAACUUCAUUGUUACGAUGGUUUAUAGUUUAUAAAACAAUCAAUUCUCAUUGUUGUCACAAACUUAACUUUUUUCCUUCUAAAAAUUGUUGAAAAAUAAAGCGAGAAAUGUUCUUAGCAGUCAGGGUGAGGAUGAUAUAGUUGUUUGAGAUGUCACUGAUUUAUGAUUCUGACUUGUUAACUCAGUUAUACUACUUGAUGUAUGAGUAGAUACCCACCAUAGUAUCUUGCAACUUGUAUUUAUGAUGUAUUGAAUGAAAAAUAUUUUAGCAAAUUCAAACCAUUUUUAUAUAUUAAAGGUCCUAAUUCCAGAAACCAUUUUCAGUCUCUAAUUUUAUUUGCUGUUUGAAUAUUGCUAUUUAUUCUUCAAUGAUAAAACUUACAGUGGCAGACAUUGGGUUACCAUAAUAUAAUAGUUUAAUGGGACAUGCAAUAGAAAAAUGAUGUACUCAACCUGUCAUCUCACAGCAAUGACACAUUUGUUUUUUCUUGUCUUUAAUCUGGCAAAUCUUGAAUUUACUGCAAUGUGGUAUAGAUUUGUUAGUUUAUUAUUUGAUUUUUUAAAAUUUCUUUUUGGUGCCAUACUGUUUAGUUUUGUAGGACAUGCUGUCAAACAGCCAUCUCUGAAUUCCAGUAAACUUAUUGUGAUGAUCGGUACAUGCCUGUUUUAUUUCUAUUUAGUUCAAGAGUGGGGAGUUUACUCAUAAUAUGCUUGCUGUGGUGUAUGUGCCUAUGUAAUGCUUUCGUAUGCUAAAGAAAUGUAAUGUAAUUGUACUUUGGUUAAAUCUGCUUUUGUUGAGUAAUAUUUUCAUCAAGGGAAGUUUUUAGCUGAGUGAACAACAUACCGUAAUUGAUGUUUGGGGUCAUACUAUUGGUAAUUGCUUGUUUUAUGCUUUUUAAAUUCGGUGCUUAUAUUUUGUUAAUGUAUAGUAAGACCACCGUAAAGACACUGUUGUGAAAAGUUGGACCAGUGAAUGUUUUCUUAAAAUGCUUACACAACACUUAGAAUGCUAAUUAUUUGGUUUUAAGUGAAUCCUAGACAGUAAUUCCAACAGGCCAUUUAUUUCCUCGUUCCCAUCUGAAUUGUUGCUUUUCUCCACGGCUUUGAAUAUUUAGACUGAUCGACCAAUGCCAUAAAAUGUUCUCAAUCACUGUGAUGCCUUACACUCAUGAUGAUGAGCACAAAUAAAAUACAUGUAGGCAAAUUAUUGACUCUUUUGUUUUGCAAGCCACAGUGAGAUUAGAUAUUCUCCUUACUCAAAUCUUAGACUUAAAUUUAGAUGAUUGUUGUGUUGAUACACAAAAAUAAUAUUUAAAAUUACUUCCAAUGUAUGUAAAUAACUAUCAUGUAGUUCCAGAUAGUCACUACUUGGAAACCAUUUUAACCAGAAACUUUUUUUCAGUACACUCCUAAUGUGAUGAGCACUUCAGAUCAUUAACAGAAACACUGCUUUGGAUUGAACUUGAUUGAUUUUUAACAUUCACUUUUUGAUUUGCUUUCUCUAUUCUGUCAUCUUGACUUUUGACAAGGUUCAAGGUUGUGACUGGUAGGCUGGUUUUGAGAAGAAAUCUAUGCAGUAUGACAAUUAUAUUACAGUAGUCUCUACCUAAACGCACGGUGCCCGCGAAAGCUCCUUAGCGUGGGUUUAUAUGGAGCAUGCGUUUACAUGAACCUGUGCAAAAGGAGGAAGGGACACAGUCAUCGAAAUUCCUUGAUGUUCAAGUGACCUCCCUUGGAGGUGGGGUUCAUUUAAGUCACUUUGGCCGACCGAUAAUGUGACGAAACGUGACUGUUUUGUGAAGGAUUCCCUGACUGCAGUUAAGAAUACAAAGGAACAGAUAGCCUAAUAGGAAACUGUUGGUGAUAGUCAUAAAGACAACGGCCCAGCCACAUGGCUUUCCAAGCGACCAGUCCCCGACUGUAAAUUCAAGGACAACAUUGGAAUGAUGAAUGAUAGAUCUCUACAUUCAGACAAACAUUUCUCUUGUGAUUCAUUGAACAAGUACAUUAUAAGUUUUUCGAGCGCAGCUGAUUAGGUUUACUUGACUAAUCUUUAAUCCUAAAGAAGAGGCCUAUCUAGUGUUCUACAGCAUUCACAUGUGUUGCGCUUCAAAGGCCGAGGUCUAACUAAACACUACAUUAUUAUGCAGUCGCCCAAACACCAGUCAGAGACCUUCUCUCAAACUUUCAAUCAGUGACCAAUCAAAAAACAUUUCAACCCCCCCAACAUUUCACCGACCUGUCCUAGACCUAUAUGUACUGUCUGUGGAAAGUGUGAAAACGUUGUCCAUCACUCUCUUUGUUCGGCGUGAAGGGAAGUCUCACCAAAUAUCCUGUUUUCUAGGCUUGUCUUAUGCAAGCUGUGCAGUUUGUAGCAAACAUUUCACUUUGUCAAGCUUUACCUGUCGGCACGUUUCGUGGAUUAAAUCGUUCGUUUAGAGGGAGUGACCGUGUGUUUGUACAUCUAGAUUAUAAAGUGAAAAACCCGUCAUAUGACGAAAGCGUGCAAUUGAGCGGAGCGUGCUUUUGAAUAGCGUGCGUUUAGGCAGAGACUACUGUUUAUCAUGAUGUUUUCAACUGCAGUUGAAGGGAGUUAGUUUUUACCCUUGGAAAUGCAUUUUCUAUCUUUUGCUCUGCAUUCAUUUCAAUCUAUCAGCUCAAAGUCCCACAAGCUUUUCUGAACAGAGAAAAUACUACACGAUACUUUUACUAUAGUUUGUGAUAUCAAACCAGGCGCUCUGCUAAUAAAUGUGUAUGAAAAUUAAGUGUGUAAAAUAUUAAUACCCACGGCGCAGAGUUCGAUUGCAUGUUAUUUGGUUUGAUUUUUAAUACUGGAAAUUCAUGAAAGAGUCUUUAAUCUAUGGCAUAUUAUUGAAUUACUGUUCACUUAAUUUUAUAGUCACGUAUGUCAUACAACCAUUACAAGCAAGGUUCAAGAAAAAGAAUUGUUUAGAUUGCCUUAAAAGAUCCUGUGCUACUGCAUUAAAUUUGGCUGUGUGUGCAUUUUUUCAAAAAGAAAUGAGCAUUAUAAUUAUAAUUGAUCUUUUUCUCUGCUGUAUUGAAAAGUACACAUCCAGCAUUUACUUUUAACAUCGUUUUGACAAAAAUCUGUAAGGAGUCUGAGUGGUGUCAAAAUUGAUAGGGGUUUCCUAAUUUUAUUCAUAAAUUUGUGCAGAAAAUUAUCAUUUAGGUGAAAAAAAAUCUUCAAAGUUAGGAUGGAUAUCUAUUUAUUAGGUAUCAGUAUAGGAUAAAAAUAAAUUCUCCAGCUGAUCUCUGAUUGAGCAAGGGCUGUCAGUUUGUAUACGUUAUGGCAACAAUAUUCAGAAAGAUUGGCUGAGUUCACAUCUGAACUCGAUAUAUAAUAUAUGCAUUAAAAAACAAAUAUAUUAUUAUGUACGAGCUAAAGAGCCUUGGGGAAUCGUAUAUUAUAGGAGAGAAGUACUAAAAUAGAGCUACAGAUUUAUUAAGGUUUCAUCUUUGCAUGGUCAUGCAGCAUUUAAGAAUUCUUUCCUUGGGGAGUGCUUAAGUUUUCAUAAUUAUUUUUGCAACAUGUAUAUUAUGAGCUUAACCUCACUCACAAUGAAAUAUAUGUAGUCUUAGUCUUACCAAAAAAACCCCACAUUAUUGCACUACCCAUGAUUACCUUAAAGCAGCCAGAAAACUGGUACAGAGAUAAGAAGUCUUGCAGAGAAACCCAAGCUGGUCAGAGAGCUGGGCAGGUUACCUGAUGUAUUGACAUAAUACAUGUUAAACUCUCUCCCUCUCUCUUUCAACCCCCCGCCCCCCUCCUUUUCCUUUAUCUCUUUAAAGUCUUUAUCUCACAACUCCUUGUUAUUGUGCAGCUGCAACUAAAGGGUUCCUGAAGAGGUCAGUCAUAGCACUUACAGCUGUCUAAUCUCUUUCUUGCCCUCCACAUUUCAAUUUUUUCCCCAAGUCCAUUCACUGGCUUUUUCCCAAGCCCUGCGCUUCUUUUCUUUUUUUAAAAUAUAUGUGUUUCUUAUGACCAUCUGUGAGUUCACUGCCAUUUACUAUGUUUCUUGAAGAAAGGUUUUAACCUAAACAUUAGGUGUAUAUAUGUUGUUGUUUUAGAGGUUUCAGAUACUGCCACUUUGUAAUUUCUCACAAAAUGAAAGUGCAUGAUUUAUGAUAGUGGUUCUAGAAUCUAAAUCAAAGUCACAUAAACAGUGUUAACAGUUCCAGGGUCACAGUGAUCAAGUGGAGGCAGAUUCAAACAAAGUCAAGCUAUAAUAUAACAACAUUAAAUUAGGUGGUCACUGAGACGUACAUUUUUUUAAAAAUGCAGGCGUUUCUAUGCACCCUUCAACACAAAUUAGACCAUAAUUUAAGAGGUGGGCUUCGACCCUGCCUGUCAGGGCUAACCUGGGCCAAGACUGAAACAACAUCUCAACAGAAAGACCAAGGUACUCUUUAAAAGUUCUCCCCUCUUGUGAGUCAAACUUGGUUCUCCUGCAUGUGACAGUGAAGCACUUAAUCGCAUCACAGAUAUCAGUGACUGGAAUGCUUGCAUGAAUAAAACAUGCUCACUAUUUGUAAAAUCGAUUGAAACGCUGAUGACUUACAAUAGUGCUUGUGGACAAGAAUUGAUUCUAGUUUGGUUUAUAUUUUGUGAUAAUAAAAUAAAUCAUAUGCUUUGAAUGUAUACAAGCCAUUAAAAACAAAUUUCAA